GGCGCUGCGCGAAGAUGCUGCCCGGCGAGGAAAGGGGCGCGGCGGACGCCAGGGCUUGCCAGAGCCUCGAGCCCUACAUGUACAGGCACAGGCCCGCCUCAGAGCUGACGCAGGACAUUUCCCAUGUGCUAACCAGUGUCUUUAAGAACUUAUAUACUUCAGAGGUGAUAGCAGCCGAUAUGGUGGAUAAUAUGAUCAAAUCCCGUGGAGGAAAAAAUCCCCAUCAUGAAUACUUUGUGGAAGAGUUGCGAAAGGUCCGUGCAGAAUAUAGUCACCGACUGAAGGAGGCAAAGAUGCUAGAGAAACACAUCAUCCAGGCGAGGGCACGGGCCACUGCAGAAGAGGAAAGGCUCUUGAGCUUGUAUGAGACCGGAGUUCCAGAAGCCGCCUGUCAAGCUGCAUUGCCAUCAGUGAAAUCUACCUUCCGAUGGUGUGUGGAUGAUGCACUUCUCAAGAAGCACCAUUUAAUCUGUCCUGAAGAUUACAUCACAGAUCCAGUAGUUGUUACCCGCGCUCCGAAAGAUAUCUCAGAACCUGGCUAUUUGAAAGAAACUCUUGUUCGUAUACACCACGUUCCUGAUGAUUCAGAAAUUCUCCAGUUCAAGGAAAGCCCACUCAUGAAAAAGCUAUGGGCAAGUCUUCCAGAUGUAUCUUUGUCCAGUUUGACUCUGGAGUCUUCAGAUACUGAUUUUCUAGAUGUAACUAUGCCAUCAUUCUGUAAGAAGAAAGCUAGAGCCUUGCGCAAACCCAUCUGGAAAAAUGAAAUGUCCAGAGCUGACAGGCAGAAGGAUCGUGUGUACCUUCAGAGACUGAAAGAUCGUCACGAUUUCCUGAAAAAUCCUCGCUUUUUCUCACCUAAUUCACUCCAUGGAGGCAGGUCCUUGAUUCUGCCUCCAAAGAAGGUGGAGCGGAUGGUAGCAGGAAGAAAAACAUUUGUGAUGGAAAGCAAUUCCCAGUCAGUGCCCAUCUUUCUAUCAAACCCGCCUGCAGUGGUGUUUUCGGAUUACAAAGUUGGCCAGGUUUAUGAGAUGACUAUAGAGUUACAAAACAUGACCUCAACAUCCCAACGCAUCAGAAUUAUUCCUCCAGCUACCUCUGCCUUUUCGAUUGUUAUCGGGAAAUUUCCAGGUGAAGGCGGACUUGUUGCUCCUGGGAUGAGUUGCUUCUACAUAGUCCAGUUUAUUCCUGAAUAUCUUGCAGAUUAUGAGGAUUAUUUACUGGUGGAGUCCCAGGCAGCAUAUCCACUCCUGGUCCCUUUGCAAGGCAGAAGACCACCUCCUGUUUUAACCCUGCCCCACAUCUUGGACUGCGGAGCCUGUCUUGUGGGUGGAGUAAAAUUUGUACAGUUUGAGUGCAAAAAUGAAGGGCUCAGUGUUGGAAGGUUUUGCAUUAUGCCGAAGGACAUGUGGCCACCGCCUAACUUUCGGUCUGUUGCCACUCUGGGCUUCGUGGAGCAAGAACCAUUUGGGAUUCGGCCGGCCAUCUUUGAGCUUGCUCCGGGUCAGUCUCUCCCAGUUGAGGUGGUGUUCAUGCCCAUUUCUUCUGAAGUCCUGUCAGUGACUUACGUUAUUGUUUGUGACAACUGCCAUAUCAACGAGAUUAUUGUGACAGGACUUGGGCAGCUGAUAGCUUUGAAACUUUUAUCUGUUUCUGGUGGAGAAAGCAAUCCAAUGCCCGGCGAGCUGAUAGACGUGACAUCGCAGCAUCUCGUACGCUUCGACUCACUGAAUCCCUAUUCUAUAGCAGAGAAAACCCUGGUUCUGAGAAAUACAACCCAUGUAGAGCUUCCUUUCUUCUGGCAGAUAAUGAAGCCCAACUUGCAGCCACUAACACUGGAAGGAAAAAUGGACAUUACAAAGAUAAAGUACAACCUGGAUACAGAGACAGCUUUCUCUAUCAUUCCUAAUGCGGGGACUCUGCAGCCCCAUUCUGAUCAUCCGUUCACCCUCUGUUUCUGUCCGAAACAGCUAAAGAAGUAUCAUAGUGUGCUUCACAUAGUGCUGGAGGAUAUCCCAGAAUUACCUUGUGUUGAAAAUUUUCAGCAAUAUGAAAAUGGAGAAGGGCGAAAGGAAGAUGUGAUUACCCUAGAAAUCGACACUAAAGGUCCCACAAAACCAUUUCAGCUCCUGUUGGAACCCCGUGCUAUUAUCAUUCCAGGAGAAAACUACAUUGGCGUGAAUGUUAGGAGGACAUUUAAGAUGCAUAAUAACAGCAGCUCUGCUGUCACAUUUAGAUGGGAGAAAAUCUUUGACUGCGACAUAGUGGAAGUUGAACCUUCCACUGGAAAGUUAGGUAAAAGAUCUUUUUGUGAGUUUGAGUUUGGGAUUACAGGAGGGAAACCUGGUCAUUCCUGUCACAAUCUAGAGUGUAAAAUCACUCACUCUGAGGAGCCUGUCAUUUUGCACAUUGAGGCUGACUUUAAGGGGCCGACUCUUUCCGUUGACGUGCAGUCCAUCGAUAUGGGUCUAAUUAAACUGGGAGAAAAAGUGCGGUGCACUUUGGAAAUAGAAAACUUAAGUCAGCUGCCAGGAAGAUGGAAAAUGCAGGAAAGUCCUGCAUGCACAGCGGAAAGGGGUGAGGAGGCUUCUGCAUUCACAAUUCAGCCUCCUGGUGGGGAAUUGUGUCCUCUGGACAAAUGCUGUGUAUCAGUUUUGUUUACAUCAUAUACAUGUCAUCGUCUCCAAACCAUAUUAGAGAUGGAAGUAGAAAAUGGAGUUGGAAGCCACAUCCCUGUUUCAGUGGAAGUGCAGGUGCCCCACGUGUGUCUGCUGUCAAGCCACUUGCACUUUGAGCUUUCCAUUGGGAUUCCCACAGAAGCAACAGUCCACCUUUCUAACCAGACGCUGCUCCCUACACACUUCAAAUGGGGAGAGCUUCUUGGAAGCCAGGCGUCUUCCUGUGUGCUGAGCAUCUCUCCAGAAAGUGGUGUUUUGGGCCCAAAUGAGAAGAAGGAGUUCUGUGUCGUGAUAACGUAUAAUGAUAAGGAUAAGCUGAAGGACCUUAUCCUGUGCUGUAGCAUUGAAGAUAUGUUGGAGCCACUCUUUCUGGCUAUUUCUGGUGAAGUAAAAGGGCUGUGUAUCACCUACUCAAUACCCUUUGACAGUGAUGAGGAACAAACAUUAAUGCAUUCGCAAGAUCUAAAACUCAACUUUGGCUCUGAAGUGGCCUUGAAGAGUGUGAUAAAGCGUCAGCUGGUCAUUACCAAUCAUUCCGAAUUAGCUGCUCUCUUCACGAUAGAAGCUGAUUAUUUCAGCAGCCCUCCACGAUCUUCUGAGGAUCAAAACUCAGAGGGGGACAUGAUGGUGGAAAAAACCAAGCGGGUAACGAGACAAUAUGCAAAGAGGAAGCAAUCAGCCUUCCGAGCAGCUAUGCUGUCCCAUGGGAAAGGAGCGACGUUCCAUGUGCACCCGUCGGAGGGGAUCCUGAAGGCUUUCCAGGAACUUAUUGUAGAAAUCACAGCCUACAACAAUAUGUGGGGACAUUACAAGGACAAUCUCAUCUGCAAGGUGGGAGAAUCAGAGCCAAAGUUGAUCCCCAUAGAAAUGACCGUGAAAGGCUGCCCUAUCUUCUUGCAGAUGACCGGACCGAGCCACCCCAUGGCAACGCCCACCAUCCGGUUUGGGGCCCACAUCUCUGGCGGGGACACCAUCUCACGGCACAUCCAACUCAAUAAUCCCACUCCCUUCGACAUUCGAAUGGACUGGGAAAGUUAUAACCAAGAUAAAGAUGAUGACAAAUUGAUAGAUCUCUUGGUGUUUUAUGGUGAACCGUUUCCAGUCAGGGACACAGAUGGCAAUGAGAUUGAUGUCCUCUGGGAGGCUGACAUCACCUCUAAGAAAAUGUCUUGCACUUCAGGAUCCUCCUCACAGUCAUCAACCAGGGAGAACCUGAAGCUGGAGACACUUUUUGAGGACGAUGAAGAAAGUUCUGAUGACUCAUCUUGGGAACCACUGACACUCAAGCCAAUAGUCUCAGUGGUCCUUCGACCUCACGAGGGGGUUCCCUCAGACUACCCUUUCUGCAUCACUCCCAAACAGAUUUUCAUCCCUGCAGGUGGCGCUGCUGCCAUUCACAUCUCCUUCACUCCUCUGAUGCUUCCGGAAAUCAUCCAUAAGUUUGAAUGCGAAGGUUUUGCCCUUGGCUUCAUGAGUCUGGACCAAGAGAUUGUUCGGAAAGUCCCUGGGAAAGUAACUCGUGAAGAUGGGCACUCUGUUGCCCCUCUGAGGAUUGAUUUGCAAGGAUUCGUCAAGCCUGCUUUGUUGACAGUUGAAAUGGCUCACGAGAAAGGGUUGGUGUUUCAUGCAGUGGCCAGCAGUCUCAUCCCAGAUCCUCCCCUCAAGGAUGUGCUGACCUAUUCAGCCACCACUCUGAGCGUGAAACUCACCAAUCACACCGAGACACCUCUGGCGUUCAAUCUUAUUUUAUCAAAUCCCUUCUCCAUAUCUGGCGUGGACCCCCCCAAAAGUCUGAAAACGUCGCAGAGCGAGAAGGGUGAAAGAGGAACACACCUAUUGCUUUAUGCGUUAGAGAAUAUGUUGGUGAAAGUGUCAUUUCUCACAAGCUUCGAAUUAUUAACCUACCAACAUCUUCCAGAGGACCAUCUGCCAUUGGGGCUUCAAGUGAUCCAGCAUGAAAAUGGGGAGAAAAUCCUGGAGUUUAGACAAGAACUUAUCAUCGAGUACAGCAACAAAGCUACACAGGUGCUCCCCGUGAUUGCAUACCUGGCCAUCCCAGUACUCGAGCUUUCUUGCGAAACCGUCGAUUUUAAAACCUGCCUGGUGGACCAAACCAGGUCUGAAGGUGUACUUCUGGUGAAUCGCAGUGGAUGCCGAAGCUACUGGAUGGUUUUGAUGACUGCAGAGGAACGACAUAAAGAUCCUGAAGUGUUUUCCAUCUCUCCAAAUAAUGGCAUUCUUGAAGCACGCAAAGGUAGCACGGCUACCAAAACCCUACUGGUGGUCCGCUUCACCCCGAGAGACAAUGUGGCCUAUGAAACCACCGUGACGGUUGUAGGCAUGUUGGGGGAGAAGCCACACCUGCUCCAUAUCCGAGGAAAGGGCUCGUAUGAUGAAAAGUAUGAAGAAAUGCUCAAGGUCAGCUGAAGAACAAGCCAUGGGGGCCUUGCUGCAAGCAGCUU